CGAGCAGGAGCAGAGGGAAGCACAGCCAUGCCUCCACAAACAGCAAAUAAAAGUGACCGGGGGAUGGGGCCAGGGAGUGCGCAGGAAAUUUUGGAGAAAGAACUGAUCAUAGGUCAAGUAAAGGGAAAGCUCCGGGUUGUGGAGCUCCGCCGACGCCGGCUGCAGGAUGAUAAUCUACGGCUGGAAGCAGAGCUGGGGACUCAGCGAUCUCAGCUCCAAGAUAUCCACGAGUACCUAACCAGUGAACUCAGCCAUCAAGAGAACACAAUCCGGGAGCUGGAAGCUGCUGUUGAGGCGGCACUCAAGGAAAAAGCACUAGUUGUGGACUCUCUCACUCGAAGGCUGGCAGAGAUCGAGGCCUAUCAUACAGGAAUCGUAAAUGAAAUGCAGUCUAGGGUUAUAUGGACGGAGGCUAAGUUGCAGGAGGUGAGGGAGUUCCUUGACAAAAAGGCAGCUAUGGAGGAAGCUUUGUCAAAGCUCCAGCAGCAAUUGGAGAAAGAAAGGAAAGAGCAUGAAGAGGCGAUGGGAGAUAUCGAGCGCAAAGCUGUUCAGGAAAAGGACAGAAUGAAGAAGGAGCUGGCUCAGAAAAUCAAAGAAACAAAGUUGGCGAUGAUGAAGCUGACAGAGAGUCAGCUUGACAUUACCACAAAACGGACAAUCAUGGAGAAUGAGCAGAUGAGCUGCGAGCUUGCGUACCAGUCCCGCCAAACAGAGAAACUGUUGCAGAAGAACAAGAGGCUGGUAGCAGAUAAUGCCGUGCUGUUGCAAGCUAUGGAACUUUUCCAGCAAGGCCAUGUUAACCGCUUCUCCUUUGACUAUGGUUUUCCUGGGAAGUUCUGUUUGGCAACAUUGUACGUCAGAGGCACCAUAAAGGGGGAGUUAAAAGAAGAAUGAUAAAAAAAUAAAAAUGAAUGGUUUCAGUUUGC